UAAAUUAACAUAUAUAUUGUUCAGAUAUUUCUGCUCGAAUAAUGAGUGUAAAGGAGGUCUAGGAACAACCAAACUUUGCUCUGAUCUCAGACAAAACUGUGCUCUGCUUAUAACAGAUUAUCCAGUUGAAUCUUCGCUGUUCAACACAUCAACAAUACUCAAACAAAUAACAGACUCUGGUAUGUAUAUCCUGAUGGUGUUUGUUGGACCUAACCUGGAGAAGGUUCUGGAUCAUCUUCAACGACAUUCUCAGGAUGGAUCUUAUCUUCUUCUUUCUUCUCAUCCGUCUACUUUUACAACAAGAUAUAGAUAUACACAGAUAAAAUUCCCGACAUGUAAGGAUCCACUACAAAUGCGAGAAAGUGAAGAUAUUGCUUGUAUUUACAGCCCUCAUCGACUUUCUAAGGUUGUCUGGAAGAAUGUAGAAAGUGGUGCACCGUCCCUUUUCUCCUUCAUUGAGAACUUAUCUUUUACCUACAGUGAAUAUGUUUCCCUGCUACGCAUGUACAACGAGAUGAAGAUAGAAAACCCUGAUGUACCAAUCAGAGAUAUCGCUUGUAAGUGGUUGCUCCAUGACACAAAAAGAACAGAUAAGGGAAGAGAAAUAAUAUCCCCCUGGUUCCAGAAAUACAGCUCCAAGAUUGACAAUAAGGGAAUUCUGUAUAUUGGGGGAAUAUUCCCAAUUUCUGGAAAACGAUAUCAAGCUCCUGAAUUAGCCCCAGUUGCGCUGAUGGCAAUUGAACAUAUCAAUGCCAACUCUACAAUUCUUCCAAAAUAUAAUCUUAGUCUUGAUAUUUUAGAUGGGCAAUGUGAAGCUGAUGUUGUCAUGAAAAAAUUUAUCGAUGUCGUCAAAACAAAAAACGUCGAAAGAUUUCGAUCCACCGCAGGGGUUCUAGGCCCCGCCUGUUCUGAUACAGUGGAGCCCCUGGCAGGGGUAGCUAAACAUUUUAGAACUGUGGUUAUCACCUACAGUGCUGAAGGUUCAAUAUCCAAUGAUAAUAGCAAGGAUUAUCCAUUCUUCUUCCGGACAAUUGCAGAAAACAAGAUGUACAAGCAUGCGUUCAUUGAAACUUUAAAUAAGCUUUCAUGGACUCGAAUAGCUGCUCUGACCCAGGAGGGACAAAAAUAUAGCGAUCACAUCUCCCAUAUGCAGGAUGAGUUCCAGAAAAGCGGGAUAACUUUUAUUGUAAACAGAAAGUUUCCAAAAGAUACAAUUCAUCUUGGAAUGUAUCUGAAAGACCUAAAGGACAGACGUGCUAAGAUUAUUAUUGGAGAUUUCUACGAGGAAGCAGCUCGUCUUGUCAUGUGUGAGGCCUAUAAGCAAGGCAUGACUCAGAUAGACGGAGGCUAUGUUUGGUUCUUACCAGGAUGGUUUAAGGAGAACUGGUUUGAUAUUGAUGAAUUAAGACGGAAGGUUCAGAGUACAGAUAGAUCUGGAAACAUCUCACGUACAUUUAACAAUUCAGAUCCUGAGAGACCAAUUUCCUCACAAAACCAAGGAAGUGAUGAAUUCUACAAUAUUCCAAUGGAGCUAGAUGACGGGUUUGUUACUGGUCAUCUACCAGACUGCACUACAGAACAAAUGAAAAGAGCUCUUGACGGUCAUCUGUCACUUGUACAUGCGCACUACGCUCCAGAUACUCAACUUAUGCAGACGAAUGAGACGGUUUUAGAGUGGAAGAAAAAGUUGGAUCGACGUCUCUCUUUUAGCAGAACUAAAUUCGCUCAGUCCCGUCACAUGGCCGCAGCUGAUCAAACUGGAGGUGCCAACGACCAACAACCCAGAAGGAUAAAUUUUAACACUGACAGCGAACCUAACAAAUACAGUGGAUACGUUUAUGACGCUGUCUGGCUGUACGCAAUUGCUUUAGAUGAACUAAUCCGUCAGAAUAAAUCUUACAUCCAAGAUCUCCACUCUAAACGUACUGUCGAGGAGUUUGUAAACAUUAUCAAGAAAGUGGAUUUCCAGGGAGUCACUGGCAGGAUCAAUUUCUAUAAUAGAAACUCAAGACUUUCACAGAUCAUGACGAAGCAAUGGCAUAACGGUCAAAAUGAGACUGAUUCUCCUACUACUGAACUUAUUGGAGUUUAUGAACCUGAGUAUAGUUCUAAUGAUGAACCUUUAGGAGAGGAUGAAAAGGGGGAGAAGAAGCGAGACGGAUAUGUCAGAUGGGCACCGUUGAAACUAAUCUGGAAAACUCCGGAUGGGUCCCAACCUGCAGAUCAUUCAAAGGAGUGUGGAGUUUUGUCGGGAUUUGCCACCUCUCUGGAUAUUGAAUGUCAGCUGGCGAUAAUAGUUUCCUUUAUUAUUGGAUUCGGAUUCGUGAUUCUUCUCAUAUUCAUCUUCUUCUUCGUUUUUAAACACAGAUACGAGAUGAAAAUGCGCGCGCAAGAGGAAAGAAUGCGCGCACUUGGUCUGAUGGAACCCACCUCGGCAUUUGCGCUUGAUGAAUGGGAGAUACCACGUGACCGGGUGGUUAUUAACCGAAAGUUAGGAGAGGGCGCCUUUGGUACAGUUUACGGGGGAGAGUGCUUUUUUGAUGAGAAAGGAUGGGUAGCAGUGGCUGUAAAAACUCUAAAAGUGGGGAGCACCAAUGACGUUAAAAUAGAUUUCCUCAGCGAAGCAGAGAUGAUGAAGAGAUUUGAACACAGGAAUAUAGUGAAGCUACUGGGGGUAUGUACAAGGAAUGAACCCGUGUACACUGUGAUGGAGUACAUGCUGUACGGUGACCUCAAGACCUACCUUCUUGCCCGCAGGCAUCUUGUCAAUGAGAGGAACAGGGAGGAGUUAGAUGAAGUGUCAAACCGUCGGUUGACCAGCAUGGCUCUUGAUAUUGCCCGUGGGCUGGCCUACCUAGCAGAUCUCAAAUAUGUACACAGGGAUGUCGCGUGUCGAAACUGUUUGGUGAACGGUUCGCGAGCUGUCAAACUCGCGGAUUUUGGAAUGACGCGAGCCAUGUUCGAGAGCGAUUACUACAGAUUCAGUAGAAGAGGAAUGCUCCCGGUCCGAUGGAUGUCUCCUGAGAGCCUGGCAGACGGUUUGUUCACUCCUAGCUCCGAUAUUUGGAGUUUUGGAGUUCUUCUUUACGAAAUUAUUACAUUUGGAAGUUUUCCAUUCCAGGGGUUAUCUAACAACCAGGUUCUUGAACAAGUUAAAUCUGGAAUAACUCUAACUGUUCCAUCCGGUAUCAAAACUCAGUUAGAAAAUCUGCUAAAACUUUGCUGGAGAAUUGAACCUACUAAACGUCCAACAGCGGCUGAAAUUGUAGAAUUAUUAGGGAAUACCCCUCGUCUUGUCAGUCCUUGCAUAGAUGUUCCUUUAGCUUCUGUUGCAAUUGAGAGAACAGACUCUUUAGAGCUUCUUCCGUCCACAAGGGCGGCUGGGUCUUCAAAUCAGCAGAAGAAGUCAAAUGGAAUUAAUGUGAGGAAGGGUAAAGACCAACCUGUUGGGAUGAAUCAAUUAAUCAACAACUUAAACGCAUCCAAACAGCUCCAAGGGAACGGUCAGCUGACCACGCAGUUUUCAAACCAUCUUAACACUCCCGGUCAUAGUACUCCCACUCCUGAGGAUGCAGGAUACGGGAGUGGAGCAUACUCUCCAAUGCAUGCUUCAGCGCAGGCUUCUCAGUACUCCCCAAUGCAUGCUCCCCGGCCUCCACCUUAUCUAGGAAAUGGUCGACUAGCAGAGUCGCUGGGUGUACGUGAACCAUUAUUACGAGAGCAGGACCAACCCAGUAGUUAUGUACCUCCAGGAUAUAUAUUUAUAGAUAACAGGCAGGAUGCCCUAGCUUCUAUAUAAGCCUGGUUCUACAGUCAAUAGAUCAAGAAAUAUUCAGCUAACAGGCAGGAUGCCCGAGCUUCUAUAUAAGCGCGGUUCUACAGUCAAUAUAUCAAGAAAUAUUCAGAUAACAGACAUUCCUAGCUUCUAUAUGAGCCCGGUUCUAUAGUCAAUAUAUCAAAAAAUAUUCUGAUAUUAUUUAAACUAAUUAUAUAAGAAAAAUAAUUGAUGUUUUUACAUACUGUACGUAAAUGUAUAGUUUAUCUGUUAUGUACAGUGCAAAGUACAUUUAGUUUUCUUCAAGUAUUACCCCCCCCCCCCCUAUACCCUUUCUCCCUGUUCUAGUUACUCUUAUUCCUUGUAAAGUAAUUACCAGAAAAUAAGUAAUUAGAGAAAUAUAUAGAAUACAGAUGAAGGCCUAUGAUGUCAAGUUCUCUAGAAAUAUGAAGAAAUCUAUUCCACACAUUCAUACAGACCUGGAAACUUUUGUAUUGUGGAUAUUAAGAUCAAUGCUUAAUCUCGAUCUUUUGUUAAUCUGCAGAUUAAUUUAAUCUGUUUUCGAUAUCCAGCAUGAUGAUCGUACCCAGUCAAAGGCUGAAGGGAGCUCUGAUCAAGGGAUAGAGAAAUAACUAAGAUGAAGAGACAAGGAAAGGUACUUUUUUAUAGAUCAUCAAAUUAAAAGUGCCCGCAGCGGAUAUUGAAAUCAAGGGAUUGAGAUUAUGACUAUCCAACACAAAAGUUGCCAGUGUAAAUUGAUAAAGAAAUGUUGUAAUUGCAUUUUGAGUUUUGAGUUUUGAACACAUAGUUUGAGAAAAUUAAAAAAAUAAACAAUCUCUAAAAGUUCUUGAACAAAUGCAAUCACGACAUUUUCUAUCAUCUUAAUUCUUAAAUCUAAGGAAUUAAGUUUAUGCCACGAACUCAAAUUUGCUUAUUCUUAUAUCUUUGCAACCUGAUGUUGUUAACCUUUGAUAUUUCUAACUUUGUUAAAACAGAAUUUAUAGUUUGAGAAACAUAUAAGAUCUACGAGAUUGUGGUGCUAAGAUCUACGAGAUUGUGGUGCUAAGAUAUAAUAUCUACGAGAUUGUGGUGCUAAGAUAUAGAAUUAGAAAAUCAGAGUUUGUGGCAAAAUUUCUUAAUGUCUGCUAACUCCUGAGUGAUAGGUUCAUAGAUUAAUAACAAUACAGAUAGAACACCAGAUUUAGUCUUUUCAAGAUUAAGGGGUUUUUCGUUCACAAUUUUACCUUGUGCCAGAAGCCCAAAGGAGUUACACGCACCUGGCGUAGAACAGACUCUCACUCUGUCUUGGCUUUGUAUGCAGAAUGCGCGUAAUCCCUUUGGGCGUUUGCCUCACGGAUAUUGUAAAAGGAAAAACCUCCUAAAUCUUGAAAAGACGACAUCUAGUGUUCUAUCUGUGUUGUUAUUAAUCUAUAGAUAGUUAAAUCAAAAUUUGUCUGGUUUCACUGUGAAAUUGCAUUGUUAUAAUGCAUAAUAAUACUUAUAAUCUAACUAAAAUUAUGUAUUUUUUAUCAGUUUUAAAACUGUUAACGAUCCUAUUUUCAAAAGUUCUACUGAAACCAUUCCUUUUUCUAAGAAGUGAAAAAUAUAGAAAAAUCUUGUUACUUUUCUUAUAUUUCAUAUUUCCACAAUAUAUAUAUAUAUUUGUUUUCAGUAUAGAAAUAUAAGAAUGUAUACUCCAUAUACAAAUAAAUAUAUCCUGUAUUGGAUCCUUCAGAAUACAUAAUAGAUAUAUUUAUUUUACCAGAUAAAUAUAUCUUAUAUUGGACCCUUCAUAAUACAAAAUAGAUAUAUUCAUUUUACCAGAAAAAAAUAUGUUCAUUUAUUCUUAAUGCUAUAAACGAUUUAACUUUUUAAAUGUCAAUGAUAAAGACUAUGUAAUAAUAGAAAAAUGAAUUUUCACAACAGAAACAAGCAAGGAAAAAACUGAGCUUUUAUUUGUAUUACAGGAAAACUUAAGAUUUUUUUGUAAUUUACUGCCCCCCCCCCCCGA